ACUAGAUUUCACCCUCCUUUGAUUUUGAGGCCCAUAUUGAUUACUGCCAUGCCUUUCGAACUUUCCCUGCCGCACCACAGAUUUUUUUUUUUAAAAGGUCUUCCUCUCUCUCAGUGUCUCUUUUAGCUACAGCUAAGGUUUUUUCAUGGCUUCCCUUACUGCACACCUGCUUCCGCCAUUGCUUUUACAAGAUAGAAAGACCCUUUUCAGGACUUAUCCAAAACUCCCAGUUUCUUAUACCGGAGGGAGGCAAAACUUUGCUGUUUGUGUGAAGGCUACCGGUGAUAGCUCAGAGUCUUCUACCUCACUUAGUAUUGUCAAGUCUGUGCGACAUGUUUGGGAUAAAUCUGAUGAAGAUAGGGUAGGUCUCAUUGGUCUGGGAUUUGCAGCUAUUGUGGCGCUGUGGACUUCAACUAAUUUGAUUUCGGUUAUUGACAAAUUGCCAAUUAUCCCAAAUGUGCUGGAAAUUAUUGGCAUACUGUUUUCUUCGUGGUUUAUUUACCGGUAUCUCUUGUUCAAACCAGAUCGGGAAGAACUGUUCGAAAUCAUCAACAAGUCAUUAUCACAAAUAUUUGGAUAGUGAAUUUGAAUGCUAAACAAGUAAUUUAGGACCAGCCCUGCAAUUCAAAUGUGGUUCGUGUUGCAGUGGUGCUGAAAAUGGCAUCUUCUUUUAUGGUGUAAUCGUUUUUUCUGUAUUACUGUUAAGUGUGAUGCUUUUUAACUUCAAACCCAACGUAAUUAUAAAUUACCUGAAAGUUGAGAUAA